AUGGCAAAGUGUAAGAACAAGCCGGUGGGCGGCGUGCAAAAAUCGGACUGCAAGAGUAGCACUGGUAGCUCGGCGGGCAGCGACGGAAAGAACAAACGGAAUGCACUAUCAUCGGAUGUUGACACAGCUGCCAAAGCCAGUCCAUCGUCCGAGGAUCGUUACGCCGACUACGUUUACGAAGCGACGGAAUGGGGCCGGUGUGUCUUCACGACAUCAAUGGCAGAUCAAAAGGAAACGCAAGAGCGAGCAGCUACCAUGAAGUCCUCCGUCCGCGUGCCAAUUGCCUCGCUGCUUUUCGACAGUGAGUUUUUGGCAAAGAAGUUUCUGUUGCAAGAAGUUUUGCGAGACGAGGACCGGCUGUUGGAAAAAACGGAGCCCGUGGGCGGAGCCUGCGUUUUGUUGGAGCAAGCCAUAUGGCGACCAUCUCCGGGUGGAGAGAUGAAGGCGGAUGACACGCCAACUCAAAUCGUCUGCGACGAAGCGGAGUUCAACUCUUUCUUCACGGAAAAAUUCCCAAAGUACGCAGCUUCCUGCAGGGAGGAUGACAGGGAAAAACUAUUCACGAAGCUUAUCCAAGCGCUCCAACCCUGCGACUCCGACGCGUCGAAAAGCAGCAACACGAAACCCCGCCCAAGCCGUCUCGCCAUUUUCCUCCGCACAGCUCUGCUCGAGGGGGUCAAGGGCGGGACGUAUUACACGCAGGACAAGGAGGAAAUGCAGAGCUACAUCCUGGACUGCUUCCGCUACUGCUUCACCUACGAGAAGCUGCGGGACGAUAUCUACCAGAUUUUGUUCAAUCUGAGCGUGAAUCCGAAGAAACUUGUCGAAGAUUCCGGCGAAUCCGAACUCGCAGCGACUGUACGACAGAAAUUUUACGACGCGGUGUACUGUGCAGGCGAGGACGAAGAGGAGAAUAGAGACUGUCAGGCCACUGUCGCAAGUUUGCUGCGCGAAGCGGUGUCGGAGUGGCUACUGGGAGGAGAAGAUGAUGGUGACGACACGGCUACGACUCGUCAUCCAGGUCCUUUACAAUUUUCUUUCGAGAAAGAACUUGAGGCGUCGCCGGUCGUGCGGGGCGAUGCUGGCGUGAAGGAUGAUGCAAGUAGUCUAGACGGUUUUGACGUCAACAAAAUGGCAGACGUCGAUGGUGACGACGAAUCCCUUGAUUCUGAUGCCUUCGGUUCAGAUUGCCUUGAUGAUGACGGGACGUCGAAAGAAAAGCUGCCUGGGCCUGUAGAUGAACACACACAGACCCAACAGUCGUCCCGGGCCGAAGAAAUAGCGUUCCUACUUGCCGAAGUUUUCCCGAAACACUAUUUGUUCAGAGAACAAUUACUGCAGCCGCCGCACGAGAAAUUGUUGCAGUUCAGCAUGCGCGAAAUCUUUUACGGCAAGCACGCGUCAGUUUGCGACAUCUUCGACCCCUUUUCUGAAGAAGCGGUGUUGGACAAAAAGUUUAAGGCGUCCGCGAGCGGUGCGACGGCGAAUGCUUCUGCUUCAUCCGGAGCUGGUGGCUGUGCUGGUGCGCAAGAAAGGGAGACCUCCUCGAAAGGUGGGGCAGAGCAGGAGGUUGCAGGGAAAGCCGCUCCAGCUGCAACGGCGGCCGCAGAGCAGGGUGACGGGCACGCAGUUGUGCCUGUUGGUGGUACAACACCCGAUUACACAAUAACCUCCCCCAGCGACGAAAAGCUGCUCGCGAAGCUGCAGACUCUGGUCACUGGCAAGGAUUUGGCAGCGGUUGCUGCAACUCUGCAGGAAGUCAUUACAGCUGCAGCAAAGAAGAUUCCCGCAACAGAACAGAAUUCCGAGCAUUACGACGCGAGCGUUACGCUACUCGAAGCCGCAUUCAAGACCGGCAAGGUUCUCUACGGGCCGAGCACAAACGCUGCUCCAAAAGGCGUGAAAAAGGCGUUCAACAGGGUUUUGAAUGAGAUCCCGAAGCUGGUGAAAAACCAGAAACAGGCAAGGGAAAAUCUUAUAGUGCUGCAGAAGAACACCUGCCACGGUGAAGCCAAUGACUCUGAAGGAGACGAUGACGAUGAUAUGGCUUCAGGCUCAGAUCCUGAAGACCUACCGGCGUCUCCGUCGGAGAAACCGACUGCCUCAGGAGCCGCCUUGACGCUCGACGAGCGACGGGCGCUGGCGGCGUUUGUGCUAGGAAACGUUUUGCACCUCGCUGUUGGUGAGAAAGGCGCCCCUAGUAGAAACGAGAAGAUCAAGCGCGGUUUGCUGAAGGACAAGAUCGUCGAAAAAUUUCCGGAGUUGUCCGCCAAAGCCGCAUUUUUGCUCAUGGACGACGCGCAACAACACGGGUGGCUGAAGCUAGAAAAACGAGAGCUGCGGGUGUUGGAUGGUAUUUCAUCGUGCGGUGACAAACAAGUACAAGAUCUGACAGCUUUGCCCUCUGACCAGCUUCCUGCCUUGGAAAUAGCCGCGGUGGAGAAGCAGAACCGUCGGAAGGCAAGGCGGGACAAGCGGAUGAGCGCCAAGGCAAGUAAGACCGGUGGGAAGGGCGGAGGGGGUGUGAGAAAGUGA